AUGCGCCUCACCAACAAUUCCGCGUGCUCUGAAGACGCCUCCUCAUUCAAAGACUUCUUCGACCUACCAACACCAUCCAAUGAGCCUCCCCCACCCGUCAGACGAGGUCCUGCGAGGAAGAAGAAGGCUGCCCGCGAGGCCCUGAGCUCCAAGCUGAAUGACCCGCCAUGCCCAAGUUGUGUCAUUGCCGCAAGUAAGACGUCCGAGGAAGUGGUCUGCAGAGGACCGGCGCCGUGCGAGAAAUGCAGAAAGGCGAAGAAGACCAAGGAGCAGUGCUUAGCAGCUGCUGUACCUGGUCAUUUGUCCAUCGAUGAUGAUGAAGAAAAGAUGAAAGCUAGGGGCGGGGACGGGAAGGAAGAUACUAAGAUCGGGGACGGGGAGGAGGAUAAGGAGAUUGUGGACGGGGACGAGGAAGAGGAUACGGAGAUUGAGGACGGGAAGAAAAACGAGGACGAUGACGAAUACGAGGGCGGGGACGAGGAUGAGGACGAGGAUGAGGAGGAAAGCGGCACCGAGGAGGCGAAGGGAAAGAAGUUAGUGGACGUCAAGGCGAAGGCAAAGAAGUUAAUGGACGUCAAGCCGGCGAAAAAUCCCUAUACUUCUUCGUCGGAAAAUGAUCUCGCGGAUGAGGCGGAGAAUGAGAGAGAAGUUGGGUUGGGUGGCAAGAGAGUGUAUGACAAGGAGAGGGACGGGAGACGCACGAACAAAAAUGGGGGUCUCGAUGGUGGCUUUUUUGGGGAUUAUGGAAUCAGAUACGAUUGA